AUGCGCACGGCGAGCGGUCCGCCGGUGCGCCUGCGUGAUCUGGCGCUGACCUCUGGGGCGAGCGGGGAGGUUUUGCGCUGGCGCAGUCUGGCCCCAGCGCCGCCGGCUGGAGGCGGAGCCACGAGCCACCUGGAGGCCUUGGGGGAGGGGACGGCGGGGCGGUGCCGAGAGCCACCUGAGGGGGGAGGGCCCCACCUGAGGGGGGAGGGCCCCGGGGAGGAGCCAGGUGCGCGCCGCCGAGUGACCGCCGAGGCCGGAGAGGGCGUAGCCCCGGGCCACAGGGGUUCGCGGGGCCGCAGGGCGAAGCAAGCGCGGCGGGGCCUGCUCUGUCCCCUCGGGUCCUCGGAGAGCGGAGGGCCAGUCCUGCGCUCAGGUGAGCGCCCGUCAGCGAGCCACCGGCUGCACGUGACGGCCGCCCUCGGGGGGCGGGUCCACUCGCGCCUCUUGAGACCUGGGGCCCCCGCCCCCGCCCGGUGGGACCGCCGCGUUCGGCCGGCGCCGCGCGGGACGGCCGUGGGCUGCGCGCUCGUCAACGACGGGCUGCUUCCGUGCCCGAGGGCGGGCGCGCCCCUUAACUGCGAGUCCGUACAAAGCGGUGCUCCCCCAGUGGGAGCGUGUGGACCUGCCCCUCACCUGCCCCAGGUGUGCGCCUCCCACCGCGGCCAUACCUGCCCAGGUGUGCGCCGCCCACAGCGGCCCCCGCCCGGAGGCGGAGCCGCGGCAGCGCCCAUCCUCUCCCUGGGCGCGGUCCACAGCGCUGGGGCGCCGGAGCGGGCCAGGCUCGGGGUCGCGAUGAACAACCCUAUACCUUCCAAUUUGAAAUCUGAAGCAAAAAAGGCUGCUAAAAUUCUAAGAGAAUUCACAGAAAUAACUUCCAGAAAUGGACCUGAUAAGAUCAUUCCUGCGCAUGUCAUCGCCAAAGCCAAGGGCCUCGCCAUCCUUUCUGUGAUAAAGGCUGGGUUUCUGGUCACCGCGAGAGGAGGCAGCGGGAUCGUGCUGGCGCGCCUUCCAGACGGAAAAUGGUCUGCACCUUCAGCCAUCGGGAUAGCUGGGCUUGGUGGAGGAUUUGAACUAGGAAUAGAGGUAUCGGACUUGGUAAUAAUUUUGAACUAUGACAGAGCAGUAGAAGCUUUUGCAAAAGGUGGUAACCUUACACUUGGCGGGAACCUCACAGUGGCUGUUGGGCCCCUGGGAAGGAAUUUAGAAGGAAAUGUCUCCCUAAGAAGCUCAGCUGCCGUCUUUACUUACUGCAAGUCAAGAGGCCUCUUCGCCGGCAUAUCUUUAGAAGGCAGCUGUUUGAUUGAGAGGAAGGAAACUAACCGAAAAUUCUAUUGUCAAGACGUUCGAGCUUGCGACAUUUUAUUUGGUGAUAUGCCGCGGCCUGCUCAAGCAGAAGACCUCUAUGAAAUUCUUGACUCCUUUACUGAGAAGUAUGAAAGCGAAGGGCAACGGGUCAACGCCAGAAGGGCCGCCCGGGAGCAGAAGGUGGCUUCGGCUAAAUUGCCUCCAAAACCAUCCUCAAGACCACAGCAGUCAUCUGCACAAGUACAGCUGAGUUCUGGCUCUCAAAGUAACAGAAAUGAAUAUAAUCUGUAUCCUGAACUUUCCAGCUAUCGUGAGAGAGUUGACAAUUCAAACCAACCCAUAGAAGUGACAGCACUAUAUUCUUUUGAAGGACAACAGCCAGGAGAUUUGAAUUUUCAAGCUGGAGACAGAAUCACAGUUAUAUCAAAAACAGAUUCACAUUUCGAUUGGUGGGAAGGAAAGCUUCGAGGUCGAACUGGCAUUUUUCCAGCCAACUAUGUUACCAUGAAUUAA